UUACCAGGCAAACUUUAAACAAAAUGGCGCCGCUCGUAGACCUCGAUGGAGUGUGGGGAGAGCCUACUUCAACCCUUGAUUGGUGCGAAGAAAACUACGUUGUGACUCCAUAUAUUGCUGAGUUCUGGAACACAAUCAGCAAUAUCUCCAUGAUUAUCCCACCACUGCUGUCUUUGUAUUAUAUCUCGAUGUGUAAAGUUGAGCGUCGUUUCUACUGGUCUUGCCUCGCCUUCCUUUCUGUUGGUCUUGGGUCCUGGUGCUUCCACAUGACGCUUUUAUAUGAAAUGCAGUUGUUGGAUGAGCUGCCGAUGAUCUGGGGUUCCUGUGUGUUUCUAUACGCUUUCUAUGAAAGCAAUGCGAAGCCGAAGAGUCAUAAUUAUCCUUUAGCAGCAGCACUAUUGCUCUACGCUGUGGCAGUCACCUUCAUUUAUAUCUUAACUAAAGAUCCUAUAUUCCAUCAGGCAGCCUAUGCUCUUCAAGUGUUUGGGCUGAUAUUCAGAGGUCUCUACUGUGUUUUAAUCAACAAGCAGGAUUUUUCCGCCUUUCUGUUUGUUUACUCGAUUGUCUUGUAUACAGCUGGGUUCGUCCUGUGGGUGAUAGACCAAUCCUUCUGCAGUCAAAUAAGGCAAGCUCGUUCGGAUUUCCCAGUUCCAGCAGUUCUUCAGUUGCACGGCUGGUGGCAUAUCUUUGCUGGACUCGGUACCCAUGGUCAUAUUAUGUUUAGUUGCCAUUUACGAAACCAAUACCUGAAGCGCAAUCCAACAGUUUGGCUGCAGGGUAUUCUACCAUUUGUCUCUCUACCGGUCAAGAAGAACUGACCCCUCAGCCUUAUUGGAAAUUUCCCACCUGCGCAAACAAAGCAGGGGUAAUUAUCCUUGCCAUAAUCUUAUUGGUUGUUUUGGGAUUUCUUAAGUAUGAGUUAGUCUUCAUUUAUUGAUCAGGGUAAAGUUUGGUGGAGCUACUUAAGCAAACAUAGUAGCUAAGCAUAAACAAAUAUGCUUACCAGAAACCAGCUUAACUGCCAUGUCACAUGUACAAUUUGUGGCUGGUAUCCUGCUCAUUUCUGCUAAAUUGUUAAGCUGAGCAUUAGUUUAUGCUUGAGCAGCUCUUUGAAAUUGAGCCCACAUGGUUUAUUGGGUUGUUUGGUUUCUGCUUUUCAGUCUUGAAUACUUGAUUUAUCGGUGAGGUUCAAGAUUGUUUUCGUUAUUGGGUUUGAUUGAUUUAUUUAUUGAUUGGUAAGUUAUUUCUUUUUAUAGAUUUUUGGAACUUCCAAUAUUUGUUUUGCCUACCGAUUUUGAUCUAUUGAUUGAGUGCUUGAAUCGUUUUCCUUUAUAUUAUCUUUAAAUGUUAAAAAAUAAUUUAAUUGAUUUGAAAAGAAUCAUGUUUUGAUGACUGAUUUCAUUUGAAUGGAUUUAUGGAUUUGAUUGAUAGAUCGGUUAGUUAAUCGAUUACAAACUACUCAUGUUUUAAUAACUGUGGAUGUAUUUGAUUGAUUUUUAUUGAUUGAUUGGUCGCUUAAUUGAUUGCAUGAAAGGUUGGUUGAUUGAUCGAUUAAUUAAUUGAUUGACUGAUUGGUUGAUUGAUUUGUUCAAUGAUUGAUUUACUAAAUCAUUGAUUGAGUAGUUUAUAUUAUGUUAGUUAUCCAGUACUUUUUCAAAUUGAAAGUGAAUGUUGUGGCUUACAUUCAAAAGCUAUCGAUGCCUUUUGUGCCGUACUGUUUCAAGCUCUAUAGACCCCUUGCAAAACAUGCAGCGCACAUAUGCGCACAUCUCCUGUCUGCCAUUGUGUGUGUCAAAACGGGCACAAAAGGAAUAUACUCUCCCAAAAAGGCAGAAAUGGUAGACACACAUUGUUCGAAAGUGUGUAAACAUGUGUAUGUUUUGACACCAAAAAUGGCGAAAUGGAGAUGCGCGUGCAAGUGCGUUGCGCAUUGUGCAAUGGGUCUAUUGCAGUGGGUUUUUUUAGUAUUGAAGUACUCUUUAAAUAUUUGUACCCAAGUCCAGUACUGUUUAAUAUAUUUUUGUCUCAGGAGUUCUAGGUAGAUGUUAUAAAAAAGUGCAGAUAAUCCAUUUUCUGGAAACAGCAUUAUUUUGUCAAUAUCAUAUUUUUUUUUAAAGGUUUAAUUAACUUUAGGUUUGUCGUAGGUUUCAACACUGUCUUAAAAAAAGCAUGAAGAAAAAAAAAAGAUUAAUGUAAAAAUGAGUUACUGUAACUUGUAUAUUUAGAAAUGCUACCUACCAUGGUGCCUCUAUAUUUUUCUGGGUUUGAUUUGCUUCAAGAUUUAUUGAUUAUGAAGGGGUCAGGUCUUGAACUUCGCUCCUGAAGAGGCACAGCAAUUUCCUCUGGAAAAGGGGGCACUUAAAACAGUUUGUUUGACACCUUGCAGAAUGACCACAGCAACAGUGGUGCUGUUGGUUAUUUUGAGGAACUAGAAUUAGCUGUUGUACUGUGUACCAACCAAAAGGAACGAUGGUCAAAAUGCAGAGCACUCAAGGAAUUUGUUGUUUAAUAAAAUCAUUGUGGUAAAAAAUGUUGUUGACAUAUCUUGUUCAAUCUUGAGUGCUUUCAUCUGCUAACGGCAAUAUUUACUUUUGGUAAUUACUCAAACAAACUUUAUUACUGUAAAAACGGUGAAGAGCACUGGAGAUUUUUUCAAUUAUAAAACAUUGGUAGAAGGCCGCCCUUUGAAGUUUAGUUUCAGGGGGUAUAAAAACUCUACAAGUGGGUAAUUGAAAGGGGUAAUUUUCGACGCAACAAACUGAGAAAAGCUUGAGGUCUCAGCAAUCUGAAAGCAGACAACCUUACACAAGCUGAAACCAUGUUUUUAUGCAUGUUGGGAUCCAUUCAGUGGGGAUACAGUUCUUUGAUGAUAAUUACCAAAAGUACUUGUCUUUAAAGGAAUUGAUGAAUGCAUAAUGACAGAUUGAAACAAACUUGAAAAUGCUAGCCUUAUGUUCAAAAAAACAUUGUUUCUUAUUGAAACUUGAGAACUAUCAGUAGAAUUCCACUGUUUGGUUUUGUGAAAGUUUCUUGGUAAAACAAGUUUUGAUUUAUGUCAUACUCCCUUUAUGUUCCAAAAACUAUUUUGAUAGAAUUAUUUUAAUGAGAACAGUAGGUUAUUGUGAGAGGAAAACGCAAUCCUGUAGUUUUAAACAUGGCAAAUUUAAUAGCUUCUAAUCUAUUUAUGUUAAUUUAUUUUCAUUGGAAUAAAAAUGUUUAGGGCAAAUUAUGAGGCGUUAAUGGUCUUUUAUUGUAAUUAACUGGUAUAUUAUGCUGGCAAAUAUAUUAUCUUCUAGAAAUAUUUGGUGCAAGAAGGUAUGAACUGAUUUUGUUAAACUACAUUUAAUUUCUGACUUUCGCAAAAGCUAUCCUGGUAUUUAAUUUGUGAUUAGAACUGCAUUAAGAAUUCUCAGUUGUUUAUCUGUUAUCACGUCUGACAAAUUUGGAAAUAAAUUUAAAGUUUUUGAAGUA